CUAGCGUGGGUGUGUGUGUGUGAAGUGUUUGUGGAUGCAGAGUGGAGAUUGGCGUCAACUUUUUGUACGCCUAGGUUGUUUGGACUCAUCCAAAUUGAGUAUUGUUUUGGCUGCCGUUUCUCUGCCCACUAUGUCUAAAAACACGGAGAGCUCGACUUUCCGCAAAAUCGACAUUGACCAGUACAACGAGGACAACUACAAGGAGGAGGAAGGCUUGGACGCACAGUCACCACCGGCCGGGCCCGAUGAGCAAGAAGUGAAUCAUCUGCUCAAUCAGGGAAAAACCGUGGAUGCACUGAAGAUCAUCCUAAAGACUGCUCCCAUAGGCUCCAAAUGCCAAAGUGUAAAGGAUGCAGCCAGCGCCCUGGCCAUGCGUGUCCUGCUGGCAGUGAAGGCAAGUGAAAUGGAGCAGGCGGUCGGCAGUCUGGACCGGGACUCGGUGGACGUGCUGAUGAAGUACAUCUACCGCGGCUUUGAAAGCCCCUCAGAGGGCAGCUCAGGCCAUCUGCUGGCUUGGCAUGAAAAGGCUUACGCAGCCGGUGGCAUUGGAUCCAUAGUGCGCGUCAUGACCGACCGCAAGAGAGUCUGAGGAUGACUGCAGCGGACUGUUCUCGCUCCGCCGUGAUGCCCUGUUGCUAAAAGCCACAGGGCCUUCAUUCCACUUGAGCCUGCUGGGGUGUCGACGAUGCCAACCAAUGAAUUUGAACUGGGCCUCGGAAACCUUCGUGUGGUCCCCUGCGAGGUCCCUAUGACAUGCAGGGCCCGACUACAAAUGCAAUGAGUGCUGUAAAUAGGCAUGGCUGUUACAGCAUAAGUUAUAUGUACUCCCUUCGAGUAGUAAACACCUGUUUCUGUCUCUG